CACCGGCUUCGCUCAAACUAUCUUCAUGUAAAUCUGGCCAUGAUUUUGUACAUUUUCUUUUAGCCUGUCAGACCCGUUUCUGUGACUUCUUCUUUUCUUUUCAGAUCCAUAACCGCCCUCGUUGCACAAUCUAGCAGCCCACGCGCAAAACACCGCCAGCCCACCUCACGCAUUCAUCUUUCCCAGCGUCCAACAAUGUCGUCUUCCAAGAGCGCAGACGAAUCGACGGUACCCGUCCUCAAGAACCUCACGAUAGAAAACAUUACAGAAAACGUGCACCGCAUAAACUCGCAAUGCAGUGAUCCACGGCUCAGAUACGUCAUGGAGCGACUGGUAACGCAUUUGCAUGACUUUGCACGCGAGACACGCCUCAGUUUCGACGAAUGGAUGACAGGAAUCCAAUUCCUGACACAAGUAGGCCAGAUAUGUUCUGACGUACGACAAGAAUUCAUCCUCCUUUCCGACAUUGUCGGCCUCUCCCUCCUCGUCGACUCAAUCGACCACCCCAAACCCCCUUCCUCCACUGAAGGUACGGUCCUUGGUCCCUUCCACACGCACGAUGCCCCUUCCUCCGCACCAGGCGCCAAAAUCUCGGCCGACCCCUCCGGCACACCUCUGCUUGUCCUCUGCACUGUGAAAACCACAUCCGGGGCCCCAAUCUCCGGCGUCAAAAUCGACGUCUGGGAAACGGAUUCCAACGGCAAGUACGAUGUGCAAUAUGAGGACCGCGGCGACAAGGCCGAUGGCCGCGCAGUGAUUACGAGUGACGAUGAGGGUGUGUUUUGGUUCAAAGGGAUUGUACCCGUGCCGUAUCCGAUUCCAAAUGAUGGGCCUGUAGGCAAGUUGCUGGAGAAAUUGGGGAGGCAUUGUUGGAGACCGAGUCAUAUGCAUUUCAUGUUUGAGAAGAAGGGUUUUGAUCAUUUGGUUACUGCCUUGUAUGUCCGCGGUUCCCCCUACGAAACCACCGACGCCGUCUUUGGUGUCAAGGACUCGCUCAUUGUCCCCUUGGACACUGUGACGCCCCAGCAGGCGAAGCAGUAUGGUGUAGCUGAGGGAACCAAACUGCUUACGUACGACUUUGUGCUUGUGACGGAUGAGGAGACGAAGCAGCUGAGGCAUGAUGAGGCAGUUAAGGCGAUGAAGUCGCUGGGGCGGGAGGGUAUGAUGAUUGUGAAUGGAUUACCUGUUCCGGAGGUUGAUUAGAUGUAUUUCAAAACUCGUGGAGUAUAUGGAAUUUUGCUGAGGAGCUGGAUAGGUAUUCCUCAACAUUGGGAUACUUGGUAGUUAUCAAAGAAUCUGAAAACAUACUUUUAUUUUACUUCAAG